AUGAAAGUGCAGCAAACACUCGCCCAGACCUGGAAGCGGCGCCGCGACUCGGACCACGCCGAGGCGAAGCGGCUGAUUGCCGAGCGCGGCGUCGGUCUCCUCGCGGUGCCGGACGAGGCCGCGCUGCCCUUCCUGCCGCUGGCCUGGCUGAUUCCGGCGAACGUGCUCGUGUGCUCGGGCAUGAGCUGUCGGGCCGCCGCGCGCCAGAACGACCUGGGCGACGACGCGGCGGGUUAUGUGUUGGCGCUGGCCCUGACCUGGGGCUACGCCAUCCUCUGGUCGUGGAGCAUCUAUCCCUUCAUCUUCAGCGUUCUCUCGAAAACGGAGAAUCGCUUCCUGGGCUUCCUGGCGGUCCUGGGCGCCUACGGCGCCUGGGGCGUCGCGAACGCCAUCGGCUGCGUCGUCGCGAUGGAGGCCGUCCGGUCGCGCGCCUGGGCUGGGGUGUUCGUCUGGUUCGGCGCGGCGGCGGCGUGGAACGCGUGCCUGUUUUGUCGGAGGCCUCCGCUGCGCCGGGCGAAGGUCGCGUAG